AUGCUGCAUUUGGUACCUUUUGCAGUUCCCAUCGGGGGUGACAAAACCUUGCUGGUGUGGGAGCUGAGCUCUGGAUCCACGGCCGAGGCCUUGCAACAUUCUCUGUUCACAGUCUUCUCCUGAUUUGGCCUUCUGUAUUCUGUCUGAGUCUUCCCAAACGCAGCAGUGGGUGGUCCUGGGUUCUAUGCCAUCAUCAAGUUUUAUUCAGCAAGGGAUGCCCAUAGAGCCCAAAAGGCAUGUGACCAGAAGCAGCUUUUUCACACAUCUCCAGUGAAGGUUCAUCUCGGCACCAGACAUAAGGCGGUUCAACAUAAUACGCUUGCCCUAAAGAGCUCCAGAUGCCAAGAAUUGGCAAAUUACUACUUUGGUUUCCGUGGGUGGUCAAAAAGGAUCAUCAAGCUUCAGGAUCUUUCUAACUUUGAAGAAAGGGAAAAUACAGAUAUUGUGACACCACUUCAGAAGCAAAGCCUGAAGUUCUUCUGUGCUUUAGAGAUGGUUUUGCCCUCCCACGAGUGCAGGAGUCCCUGGGUUGGCAUGGCUGAGGAACCUUUGGAUAAGUUGGAGGAAGGUCCAUUAUCAUUCCUUAUGAGAAGGAAGGUAACCCAGAAGCUUGCUAUUCAGAAAGCUAUGACAGAUGCAUUCCAGAAAUUGCUGAAUGUGGUUUUAGAAAGUGGUAAAACAGCUGUGGCAUAUAGACCCUGUGAAGAGGUCACAGAUGCUAGAACCGAAGAGGAACUACAGGAUUUAAUUCAAGUCAGCUACUUUUCAUGUCAGCCGUUUGGCCAAAGGGAGCAAGAAUGUCUCUCAGACUUCAGCUUUGAGGAGGAAGAGUUCAGAUUGCCAGAACUGGACUAGCACUUUUGAAUUUCCCAG